UCUAGACUGGCACAUGAUGGGAGGCAGCCAAUGACUCCAGUUCUCUCCUAGGGGGCCCUGUGUGUGUUUUAGAAGAACAAAAAAGAGAGAGCGAGGGAGAGCGAGAGGGAGAAGGGGGGAAGAAAGAAAGGCUCAGUGCUGUUUAAACAGACCCCAUCGCAACACAGCCAGCAGAAGUCACUUUCUGGGGUGGGGGCUGCUCCAGGACCAUAUUCCAGGCGUUCCAACGUGCAGGAUAGUGGAUUGGAUUUUGUGUGUGUUUUGUUUUCCUUUAAUUAAGGAUUUCCAGCCGCUCUCUCCGGGAUAUUUACAAUUUCCAUUCAUGUGUUGAAACGUGCGUGGGUUUGGUUUUGUUUUUUUAAAGGGAAAUAACUCCAAGUCUAGGACCUGGUGCAAGUUUACUGAUCCAGAGCAGCCGUUUCGGAUUUGCCACCUCUCCCCUUUUACUGGUUUAAUGGCAAAGAAACACAGUUGAUGGGGCUAGUUUUCAAGGAAGGAUUUUUGUUUGAGAAGCAGCAGGCGCCUCUGCCUGUGACCCUCCGGCUGCUUUAUCUUUGGCUGUAAAUUGCUAGUCGAUGUAGGGCAUCUCCUGCGCGUUUCCCGGGCCAGCCGCUGCAAGGGAGCGUUGGCAGGCGACCCCCCCAGUGUGCGUCGAUGUAGCCCCCCGCGGCGCCUUCUCGGCCCUUUCUUCCUCCCCUCCCCGCAGUCUCCCCCAUGUUGCAGCCCUGUUGCAAUCUAUCGGCGAUUCGCUGUGCAAGGCUUUUGCACGGCGCUGCGAGGGGCCGCCGCUCCAUGCGUGGUGGCGGUCGCGGGGCUUGCGCCGGGGAAGGAGCGGGCAUCAAAUAAAAAGCCAACCCCCCACCCCCACGAUUACCAGCUCCGAGCUGUCGUAUGUUCAGGUCCAAACGCUCAGGUCUUGUGCGGCGACUUUGGAGAAGCCGCGUCAUCCCGGACAGGGAAGGGGCAGAUGGGAGCGCCAGGCAGAGCCAUGAGCACGGUGCGGGCACCAGCCGCAGCAAAACCCCGGAGAAAAACCCCUCCUCGGAAAUCCGCCCGGUAACCCGCACCCUGGCGAGGGAGCCCGCGGAGCUGCGCGCCUGGGAGCCGGGCCGGGGGAGCCCCACGGCGGAGCGGGACGGGCCCCGGGGCGGCCCCCCCGGGCAGCGGCGGCAGCAGCAGGAGGACGGGGAAGAGGCGAGCCCGUGGCGGGCGCAGGAGAGCGAAUGCGAAACAGUGACUUGCUGCCUCUUCCAGGAGCGGGAGCCCGGCAGCCCCAGGCCCGCGGGCGCCUCCUCCCGGGACAGGGCGCGGCGGGCUGGCGGCUUCCCGCCGCGAGCCCCCCCGGAGCCCCGCAGCCGCGAGGCGCGGUCCCGGCUGCUGCUGCUGGAGCAGGAGCUCAAGCCCGUCACCUACGCGCUGCUGAAGCGGCUGAAGGAGCGGGCGCUGGACAGCCUGGUGGAGGCGGUGGAGUCCCGAGGGGGGCUGCCCAGCGGCUGCGUCCUGGUCUCCCGCGCCGAGCUGCGCCUGGGGGGCCAGGCGGCGCCCCCGCAGCUGCUCCUGGGCAGGCUGUUCCGCUGGCCGGACCUGCAGCACCCGGCGGAGCUGAAGCCGCUGUGCGAGUGCCGGAGCUUCGGGCUGGCCGACAGCCCCACGGUCUGCUGCAACCCCUACCACUUCAGCAGGCUCUGCGGGCCAGAAUCUCCCCCGCCUCCUUAUUCUCGGCUGUCUCCUCAUGACGAGCAAAAGCCACUGGAUCUGUCAGAUUCCACGUUGUCUUACACUGAAACAGAGGCUACUAACUCACCAAACACCACCCCUGGAGAAUUCUCAGAUGCCAGUAUGUCGCCUGAUGCCAUUAAGCAGAGCCACUGGUGCAACGUUGCUUACUGGGAACAUCGGACUCGUGUGGGACGCCUCUACACAGUGUAUGAACAGUCUGUCAGUAUAUUUUAUGACCUACCUCAAGGAAAUGGCUUCUGCCUCGGACAGCUAAACCUGGAAAAUAGGAGUGAGACUGUUAGAAGGACUCGAAGUAAAAUCGGCUAUGGGAUUUUACUUAGCAAAGAACCGGAUGGUGUGUGGGCCUACAAUCGCAGUGAGCAUCCUAUCUUUGUCAACUCCCCAACACUGGACAUUCCCAAUUGUAGGACUUUAAUAGUACGCAAAGUAAUGCCUGGCUAUUCGAUAAAGGUAUUUGAUUACGAGAAGUCUUGCCUCUUACAGCACGCCACGGAUCUGGAUUAUGCAGAUGGGCCCUACGACCCAAACAGCGUUCGGAUAAGCUUUGCUAAAGGAUGGGGGCCAUGUUACUCGAGACAGUUCAUCACGUCAUGUCCUUGUUGGUUGGAGAUAUUACUCAGCAACAAUAGAUAACAAUCAGCCUCUGCCGAAAGGAAAAAAAAAGAGAGAGAGCGAGAAACACAGACUAUCCCAAAUAUCAUCUACCUAGAUUUAAUAUAAAGUUUUAUAUAUUAUAUGAAAAUAUAUAUUAUACUUGUAAUUAUGGAGUCAUUUUUACAAUGUAAUUAUUUAUGUAUGGUGCAAUGUGUAUAUGGACAAAAAAAGGAAAAUGCACUUUGGCUUAUAUAAUUCUUACAAUACAGAUUUAAAAAAAUUAUACAGCAAAAAUAGGAGAAAGCCCUAAUUUUGAUGUAUGGUUUUGUGAAAUAUUAUUAAUACCAGACAAAAGCUAAUACCAGUCACUCAUUGAUAAUAAAGUAUUCGCAUUAUA